AAUGUGGGUGUAAUGUUAUUUAAAAAUCUAUCUACUUCAAUUUUUACAAAUAAAGAAUUGUUAAUUGUUAAUGCUAGUAUAGGUGGCGGAACACUGCAGAAUUUUUAUCUUUAAUUAUUAAGAAUUUCAUUAGAAGAAUAAAAAAUAAUAAGUGGAAGAGUGUACCUAUGUAUUUCCAAAAUUUUGCAAAAAAGUAUCAAUAAUUUGGAAGCAGCGCAACUGAAAUCUAAAAACAGUAUGUAAAACAGUAAGUACCUAUUUAGCAAGGCAAAUAUAAAUGUGAAAAAUUACAUGUUUGAAAAAAAAAGAAUACGGUCCUGGAAUAAUGAGACUCCUAUUUACUUAUUUCAAACAAUUUAACUAUAAUAAUAUAGUGACUAAAUAUAAGUCAUCAUCCAGAUUAGAGGAUUGUUUUUAAAAAAAAGGCAGCAAUAACCGAGAAAAAACACUUGAAUCAUUAUCGUUAGGUCAAGUCAAGCUGUCGUAGAAUUAUAAUCCCUCUCUAUUGUUAAUAAAAAAAAAUGGAUAGGAAACAAAAGUGUUGAUUCAUUUGUAUGCGACACGACCGUGUUCGAAAACAAGCCUUCGAACCAACAUUGGAUCGCGUAAGAGUUUGAAAUGCCAGUUAGUGUGCAUGCGCAAAUUUCCCUGUACAAGCAAGUAGUCGAUCAAGGUCGCGUUCAGUCAUGUUCGUAGAUCGUGUAUAAAAGCAGGUGUGUGGGUACAAAAGAAAAAUGACUGAUUUGCGACAAUACACCAAAGUUUUCCUGAAAGAAUUCAUAGACUUGUACAAGUCGCAUCCAGCUCUCUGGCAGAUAAAAAACAAAGACUACAGAAACCGGGAAAAGAAAGCGGCAGCUUACGAAGUCCUUAUAAACAAGUGUCGAGAAGUCGAGCCGGACUGCGAUAAAGACACGGUUGUGAAAAAAAUCAAUUCGUUGCGAACUUGCUAUCGGAAGGAAUUUAAAAAAGUUCAAAGGUCUUUGAAAGCCGGCGCGACCGGAGAGGAAGUGUACAAACCCAAACUGUGGUAUUUCGACUUGCUUUCGUUCAUUAAUGAAGACUCGCUUUUAAGCAGCGAUUCGUAUUUUUACCUCGACGAGGAUGUCACUAACGACUUUUUUGGAGGACAAUGCGAUCCGCUUACUUCUCAAAGCGAAUCAUUGAGUGAGUCUGGGAGAAGUUCGCCGGCAAUGUUCACUCCGUCCAAUACAUCCGCUCAGAAGAAACGGAAAAGGGAUGAACCGGCCGAGUCUUUCACGGAGAGACUCGAUGAGGACGAGUUUGAUUUGUUGGGGAAGAUUUACGCCAACAAACUGCGGAAAUUGGAGAAGACUCAACGGAUUUACGCCGAAAAGAUAAUUAACGAUACUUUAUUUGAAGCAGAAUUGGGUAAUUUGAAUAGACAGUGCUUUUUAGUUACCGGUGAUUCGCGGAGAUUUCGUUCACACACUAACACGGAAAUUGAUCUCAAAUCGGAAUGCCCGGACUCUGACCCGGCCGACACUUGUUUUGUUGAUUGUGUGACUACUGGAAUUCAACAGUUGAACCGCUAAUUUGGAGCAGUUAGCGUUACAGAAAGAUGUGAAGACUUGAUAGUGGUUUUGAUAUUUUUCAAGGAACUGAUUGAAAAUACCUGAUCAUUAUCACAAGAUACAUUUCAGUUUUUCAUUCGGUUCGUUAUAAUCCAUCUUCUCCAGAGGUUCUACACGUUUUUGCUGCAAUGUCAUACACGUGUAGUGUUACAAGUACAAUUUACUUUUUUCUACAUGUAUGUUUUGAAGAAUUGUAUUUCUGUCAGGAUAAUACAAAUGAAUAAAGACUGUUU